AUGACUCUGAUCGUCCUCGUCCCCAUCUUCGUCUUCGUCUUUGUGUUAGUCUUCGUCUUCGUCUUAGUCUUUGUGUUAGUCUUCGUCUUUGUGUUAGUCUUCGUCUUCGUCUUCAUCUUCGUCUUUGUGUUAGUCUUCGUCUUUGUGUUAGUCUUCGUCUUCGUCUUAGUCUUUGUGUUCGUCUUCGUCUUUGUGUUAGUCUUCGUGUUAGUCUUCGUCUUUGUGUUAGUUUUCGUGUUAGUCUUCGUCUUUGUGUUAGUCUUCGUCUUUGUGUUAGUCUUCGUCUUCGUCUUUGUGUUAGUUUUCGUGUUCGUCUUCGUCUUUGUGUUAGUCUUAGUCUUUGUGUUAGUCUUCGUCUUUGUCUUUGUGUUAGUUUUCGUGUUCGUCUUCGUCUUUGUGUUAGUCUUCGUCUUUGUGUUAGUCUUCGUCUUCGUCUUUGUGUUAGUUUUCGUCUUUGUGUUAGUCUUCGUCUUCGUCUUUGUGUUAGUUUUCGUCUUUGUGUUAGUCUUCGUCUUCGUCUUCAUCUUCGUCUUUGUGUUAGUCUUCGUCUUUGUGUUAGUCUUCGUCUUCGUCUUUGUGUUAGUUUUCGUGUUCGUCUUCGUCUUUGUGUUAGUCUUCGUCUUUGUGUUAGUCUUCGUCUUUGUGUUAGUUUUUCGUGUUCGGUCUUCGUCUUUGUUCUUCGUCUUCGUCUUUGUGUUCUGUGUCCUCAUCUUCGUCCUCGUCUUCGUCCUCAUCUUCGUGUUAGUCUUCGUCUUCGUCUUCAUGUUCGUGUUAGUCUUCGUCCUCGUCUUCAUGUUCGUGUUAGUCUUCGUCAUCUUCGUGUUCGUUUUCGUCCUCAUCCUCGUCUUCGUCUUAGUUCAUUAA